UAUCUAUAUAAUAUUUUGAAUUAAUAAUACAAAAUUGAAACGUCUCAAAUCCCUAAUUUUCAUUUGGAAGUCCUUAACUUCAUUUGGGGAUUUAAUUACAACAAUGAUAGUAAGCGAUGGUUUCAAUUUGAAUGAUGUUCCAAAGUUCCAUCUCAACCAUUUGUUGAAGUCAAAGAAACCAAUGGUGAAAAAUCAAAAUGUUACCAAGUUUUUCUCAUUCCAAAUAUAGCAAACUCCAUUAUUACCACACACAAACGAUUGGAUUAAAGCUCUUGCAUGCACCUAUAUAAGAUUUGGUAACAUCCCAUUGUUUUUCAUCACAAGGGGAAAAUCAUUAAGCAGAACAAUAUAUUUAAUACCAUCUACAAAUAUCAAUAAAUUAAAUAAAAAUGGCAAGAUCAUUUGCGGUGGUUGCCCUCAUUGUUUCUGCUUUUUGUUUCUCAUGUGUCUUGGCUGCUCGUAAGGCUCCUAAUGCUGAUGAAUUCUCUGUUGUUGGCAAGAUUUACUGUGAUCCUUGUCACUUCCAAUUUGAGUCUAGGCUUAGCAAACCUAUAGAAGGUGUUAAGGUGACUUUGGUAUGCAAAAAGGAAGAAACCAACAAUGUGACAUUAGUGAAGGAGGGUACAACCGACGCAAAUGGUGUCUACCGAAUCAAUUGUGGUGGUGAUCAUGAGGAAGAGGUCUGCGAGGUGAACGCCGACUCGAACAACAACGGCCAAUGUCCUUUGGUUAUGAUAAACAAAUCCGACAGGAUUGUUCUCACCAAGAAUGUGGGCGUCUCUUCCUUAGUUCGAUUAGUUAAUCCCCUUGGGUUCAUGACUGAGGCAAUUGAUGACCAAUGUGGCAAAGUUAUCUCUGAGUUGGGUUUGGACAAGCUUGAUGAUUAACAUCAUUGAACUUAUUCAUAUCUUAAUCAGAAAAUAUAUAAUAUAUUAAAGCCAUAUAAUGUAAUUAAACUUAUUUUGGCUCAAUUGACCAUAUCUAUAACCAAUAUUUCUCUACAAAGAUGUGUUGUUGGUUAUUAUAUGUAACUAUUCAAACACAUGUUCAUUGAAUAUUAAAUGAGAAUUUGGUCUUUUAUAUAUAUCUUUGAGCAUUAUUUAUUUAUUAUUAUUGACAAUUGUGUUUUUUUUUUCAAAGGAUAAAUGAAUAUGCAUGUAUCAAUCAAACUGAUUUUGUUAAUUAAGAAUUUCACAUUGGAUGUGAGAUAUGGUAUGAACAUGUAGAAAUAACUCUCUCAUAAUAAAUUGAUUUUAUAGAAUUGAAUUAAACACAACUUUCAAUUCUAAGAGAUCCUAUACAACCAAUUCUAUGAUUAGAAUAUUAACUAAUUACUCUCUCUAGAUAUUUAUAAGUCAUGAUCUAAUUAAAAAAAAAUUCCAGCAUAAAAUAAUUUGUUGUUUCUUAAUAUACUCUUCUUUAUAUCUUAAUAUAAGACUUCUUUAUCAAAAUCCUGAUAUUAAGAAAUAUGUUUAAUUAAUUCCAAAUUUGUUCGCAAGUCCUAGACUCGUUGAGCUUUAUUUGUCUGCAAGUCCAAUUGAACUAAGACUUGCAGACAAAUUGUACAUUCGUUGAGCUUUAUUUUUAAGAUUAAAAUGGAACCUUCAAAGUAUUUAAUUAAAAUGGCCGAUAGUGCCCCAUGAGCAUAGAUUAAUUGGUAUGGAUAUUAUAUUUCAUAUAUAGAGCAGGAUUUAAACCCAAAAAUUACUUGUUUAUUCACUUUAAAAGGUGAAUUUCUAAUCAUUAAACUACUUUAAAGAAAUCAGAUAGUUAUGCAUAUAAGGUUUACAUACCAAACAGGCUGUGCAAUUUCAAGACCAAAAAAAUAAUGUAAAUCUCAUGACUUUUGGCAUAUAUGAAUAGUUGGCUUUUGGAAAAAUAAUGCAUAUAUGAAUAGUUGGCUUUUGGAAAAACAACAAAUUAAUUGGCAUAUUUAUAUACCUUUUCAUUUUAAUUUGAAUUGAUUGAAUUGGUUAUGCCAUGCUGGAAAUAUUGUUUAAUAUGUAUGUAGAUUGUUAGUUUAUGUUGUCCCGUUUGUGUGAUAAAAAGCCAUAAUUAUAAAAAUACAAAAAUAAUCAGAAAGUACAAAUGGAAAGAGGGAAAAUCGCAAGUGUGAGUUUGUCGGUUUUGAUUUUGCAAUAUGUGCAGUUUGUAGUGUUGUGUCUCUAUGGUAGUAACUGCCUGUCUAUUUGGGUGUGAAAAAUAAUCAACCACAUAUUUUAUUUAAAGGGUAAAAUAGGAAUAAAAAAAAUUCAGCCCAAACUCAUUCAUCCUUUUUAUAUAUUGUUAUAGAAAAAAAGAUAUAAGUAUUUUUUCAAAAAAAAAAGAAGAUAUAAGUAUGGAAGAAUGACUCACAAAAACUUAGUGUGCAACUGCAUAUACGUUGAUGCUUGUUCCAUUGAUGUCA